GUCACCCAACCACACCCAAACAGGUUUCCCACCUGAAGGACAUCUUUUCCAUCCUCUCCAGCCCACCCACACCACCGCAUCCCUCUGCUGGCAAGAGGGGACUUGGUUCAUCCUCAGAUCAACACUCACUCCACACAGCUGAUUAAGACCCAGCCAAAAAGCGACAGAACAACAGUGGAUGACCAGUCCCCCUCAACUAAAAAUGUUUGUCUCACCCAGAAGAUGGAACUCCCGAAGGGCUGCUCUGGCCAACGGACAUGCCUAUCUGCCGUCCUCGGCCUGCUAUCACUCAGCCUCUCCACAACAUCCCUGCUCAGCAGCUACUGGUUUGUGGGCACACAGAAGGUGCCCAAGCCCGUGUGCGGGAAAAGUCUGGCAACCAAGUGCUUUGACAUGCCGGUGCCCCUGGAUGCCGGCAUCGCCAACGCAUCAUCCCAGGAGGUGGUGCAAUACAGCUGGGAGGCUGGGGAUGACCGCUUCACCUUCCUUACCUUCCGGAGUGGCAUGUGGCUAUCCUGUGAGGAAAUCAUGGAAGAACCAGGGGAGAGGUGCCGAAGUUUCCUUGAACUCACACCACCAACCGAGAGAGGUGAGAAAGGACUACUGGAAUUUGCCGCGUUGCAAGGCCCAUGUCACUCCGCUCUCCGAUUUGGAGGGAAGCGGUUGAUGGAGAAGCCCUUCCUCCCCCACCUUCCCUUGGGGCUCCUGGCAAAGAUCCUCUGGUUAUCCCUGGGAGCCCAGAUCACCUACAUUGGCCUUCAGUUCGUCAGCUUCCUCUUGCUUCUAACUGACUUGCUCCUCCCUGAGAACCCGGGCUGCGGACUCAAGCUGAGCGCCUUUGCCGCCAUCUCCUCCGUCUUGUCGGGCCUUCUGGGGAUGGUUGCCCACAUGCUGUACUCACAAGUCUUCCAAGCAACUGCCAACCUGGGUCCAGAAGACUGGAGGCCACAUGACUGGAAUUACGGGUGGGCCUUCUACACAGCCUGGGUUUCCUUUACCUGCUGCAUGGCAUCCGCUGUCACCACCUUCAAUACCUACACCAGGAUGGUGCUGGAGUUCAAGUGCAGGCACAACAAAAGCUUCAAAGAAAACCCGGGGUGCCUACCGCACCACCACCAGUGUUUCCUUCAGCAGCUGUCAUGCGCAGCCCACCCGGGAGGGCUCUUGCCCAGCUACCACCAGUACCCCAAUCGGCCUCUGCGCUCGGUCUCUGAAGGAGUUGACUUCUACUCAGCGCUACAGAACAAGGGGUUUCAACAAGGCACCGGCCAGGAGCUGAAAGAAGUGAUUGGGGGCGUGGUAGAGGAGGCUCAGUGUUAGGUGCUAGGUGGGUUUGGAGAGCUGGCUGAGCCCUAGCUUCCAUGUAUCUUAACAACUGCUUAAGCCACA